AGAGCGGAUCGCGUCUUGUCAUGUUCUCUCGCAAGCUCUCCGUCCCAUUUGGCUUGCUGCCCGACGAGCAGAAGCUGCGCUUUCGCAGUGAACCAGGCGGCAUCGCCAAGCUUGCUAGCGUGCGGAACAUACCAGACUCCGACGCGUACUGGAACGACUUCUUCGUUCUCUUCGACUCGCCCUCCGACGUCUUCUCCCUCAUCGCACCCAAUGACAUCCGCAGAGCUCUUCUCGAAGCUCCAGAGAAUGUCGCUACCCUCUUCCGUGUCACUGUCGGGCGCCUCAACAAUCUCAUCGCCGACCACACAUUCCCCUCCUCCGCAGUACCCUCCGUCGCUGCCUUCGCAUCUUCCUUCAUGAAGACAGGCUCUGGUCUUGCCGAUCGAAAUACGACAAAGGAGGCGCUCAACUGUGUCCGUGUCCUCGCACGCGUACUACCCGUCAUCUUCGACGUUGAGGGAGAGUCAAGCAUCUUCGAAACUGAAGUGAUGUGGAGGCGCCACGAAGUCGAGAACCACGACGGCCCAGAUGCAUCCGACACCACCCAGUUCGUCAUUGACGAUGAAGAGGACAGCGACAACGAGUCCGCUUCCCAACCACGCUCGCCGCAGAAGGGGCGGCUCACGAAGCAACUACCGUCUCUUGCAGAGAAACUCCUCGACGCCUUGUUCUCCCUUCUCUUCUGUUGUGGCUUCACCUUGCCCAAGGAAAUUCAGGUGGACCACCAUAAGAUCAGUCCAAUGACAUGGGAGAAAGGCGUAGGAGCAACGCAGGAUCCUGGCCCAAGCGGACCGUACGAGAGCAACCGCACGGAGGUCCUACGCCUGUUGCUGGUCCUGCUAUCGCGUCAAAUCUACGUUCCACCACCCUCACUCUUCACCGCCCCCUCCCUGUACUCGCUGCAUAUGGUGCAAAUGCGGGACAGACGCGAUGUACUUGUCUUAUUAUGCUCUUUACUCAACACUGCUAUGAACGCCUCGUCGGCGCAUCAUGGAAUCGGCGCCAUGGCCGCUCGGUUACCUUAUAAUCAUCUCGUCAUGAAGGGCGAGGACACACGCACGAAUCUGGCGACACUUUGCCUUCAGGUACUGUGCGCCUUGCUGGACUUCCAGAGCGGCACAGCUCGUGAUAAGGCCAAGGGCACCGACGAAAAUCGGACGACUGCGCCUACGGCUCGCACGAACGCGUUUCGCUACUUCUUGAUGAAGCUGCAUCGCACUCAGGACCUCUCCUUCAUCCUUGAUGGCUUCCUCAACACGAUGGACCAACAGAUGGCCAGCAUGAACAAUAUCCUUCCUGGCGCCCGAAAGUCCAUUCCGUACAUCCCGGAGAUGAUCAUAUUCUUCUGGAAGAUGAUCGAGCUGAACAAGAAAUUCCGCUCGUUUGUUCUCGAGUCGGACAAAUGCAACGACGUGAUGGCCCAUUUGGUAUGCUACCUCUUGGAACUCAAGGACAAGCCUCAACAACACGGAAUGUGUCGAACGCUCUCGUACAUCCUCCAGACGUUCUCUGCGGAAGCGACGUUCGGUGCUAAGCUACAGACGCCGGUUCGCAUGCAGCUACCUGCUAAGUACCAGGUCCCAGGGAACGCCGCCGAUUUUCUGAUCAAUGCUGUCUAUUCGGUGAUAAGUACCACGUCCGGACAACUCAACUCGCUGUAUCCUGCUCUCGUUAUUGCCCUCGCCAAUGCGUCGCCCUACCUGAAGAAUCUGACAGUUACAUCAGCCACGCGCUUAGUGCAACUUGUAGCCUCCUUCGCGAAUCCAACGUUCCUGUUAUCCGACGAGGGACAUCCUCGCUUGCUGUUCUUCAUGUUGGAAGUGUUCAACGGCAUCAUCUUCCAUCAGCUGUCUGACAACGCACAUGUACUAUACGCCUUGCUACAGGCUCAUCAAACCUUCGAAGAUCUGGCAACGUUCACUCUAGCGCGGGGCCUGCGCGAGAUCCGACGCGUGCAGCGGGCUAAGGAAGACCUGCAGCGGCGGCGAGGCUCUAGAGACAACGGCCCUCUCGGCCACGGUCGGGCGGACAGCAUAGCCCGGGGACGUACAGUACGAACACCAGACGGCAAUCUUUCCCGCAGCGGGACCCCUGACUCGGUGGAGAAGGCUCGCGCUUUGGACUCCGCACGAGCGCUGGAAGAGGGCGUCGCGCAUGGCGCAAGCGAAACUUUGGACGACGUUUCCGGAGUGCAGCGGCGGUCUGAGAAGGCCAGAGGCAAGAUGAAGGAACGCUCGCCGGAGGAUGAGAUGGACGAAAGUCUAGAGCGGAUCGCUGCAGCCGGCGUUGGUCGAAAUGGAUUUGUUCCAACGCAGGACUGGGUCGCGUCGUGGCAGACAGGCCUACAGUUAGAUCCUAUCCUCGUCCUGAUAGCGGAACUCCUCCCAAAACUGCAGGAGCUGCAAGCGUCCCAGAAGGCAAACUCAAGCACCGCUAUUGCUAAUUUCCUGGCCAGCGUCACGCUGGACCAUGCGCUACCUCCAAAACCACCUCUGGCGCCUAGACGAUUUGUGUGGACGGAUGCCUCCAUGGUUUGGCUGACAUCCCUCCUGUGGGGCGAGAUCUAUGUGAAGCACAUGAGUCCCUUGGGCAUCUGGAACGCAACGAACGUUCGCCUGUUCUACGUGAAGCAUACACCAGCUCAACAGCGCCAACUGACGGAGGCCGUCUCGAAUGUCGUGGGCGGCUUUCUGGGUAGGACGAACUCGGAGACAUCGCUAGGCAGGCAGGCCGCCUAGACGUGCGUAGUAGUGAUUAUGCUUGCUUUCUUGAGUAGGGACAUCUCAAUGGCAACUUGGAAUCCGAAGGUCCAUUCAAAUGUUUCUGUCUACGA